AUGCAGGCAUUGAGCGGUUAUAUUGACGCUUCGGAUUACUCCACCGCCGGUGGCCAUUUCCCCGUGAACCGAUGGCCCCCGACUUUGCAGCCCGAUUUUUGGCGUGCAUCGGGAUACCGCCUAAUCGGCCUACACGCGGAGGAUCGCCCCCACUCGAAGGGAACUAACCGCGAAUCAUCCUCGACACGGAAAUAUUUGCCGCGCGAAAAUAAAGUCAAU